CGGGCUAAUAGUCGUCAAUCAAACUAGUCGAAAUGUCUCCACCAUCUGCAAUGCUGGUCUGUUUGGGCGUCACACUGAUUCAACUGUUCGGAGGUGCCAUCGGUGCACCGUCGGAUGUCUCAUCAUCCGUGCAGGUGUCCAUCGAAACCAUCCCGGAUCUAGCGGCGUUCCGUAAGGCAAAUCCCGACCUACACAUUGUUCCACUCGCAUCUCGCUCGGCGCCGGAGGCCGGAGGUAGUACCCGGCAGGUGAUCACCUACACUAUCGGUCAGCACUCGUCCGGCGAACGGUUGGUCGGCAUGGCAUCGAACCAGCAGUCUUGGACGACACCGCAGGACGUUAAGCUCGAACUGCAGUACCCAACCGCCGGUGUUGGUGCCGUCGUGACGUAUGUGGAGGUAGUGGUCAAUCAAAGUUCGUCCGCCGGCCGGGGCUACAUCGUGUCUGGCGGUGUGGGUCAACGCAACGUACGAUUGGUGAUUGAAGCGUACGACACCUUCUUUUUCAACUACAACGCUGCCAUUUACGGAAGAUAGAUGUAGUUCCCGGUAUCCAUUUUCUUUCACUCACCGUGAGUGCCUUGUGCAACGCGCGGGAGAGUGCGUAUCAGUGAGUGCUCUUCGCAGUGUGUGCCGCUAACCAAAUAAAUUGUUUUCAAGCACUAAAAAUAA